AUGUCAGCGAAACGCCCCAGACUCGUGUCUCCGUUACGGUACAAUCGCCUACCCAUCCCAGAAACCGACAUGGAUACCUCCUUUCCCCAUCAUCAGACAUUAUCUCCCAGGCUUAUACCUGGAACAGAUUCGCAAGUGUGGGGACCCCCGAGUCAGCAGAAAUACGCUCCCACUGUGUCAGGAUGGGCGUCAUACUCCACCGCGCUCGCUGGGUCCGAUGUCUACGUAACCAGGAUGGACAGGGUCGUUGGGAAAUGGCCUCUACUCGAAGGAACCGUUGACCCUAUGCAAUUAGAAACGCAACGGACCGUACUGCUCCAGCAGAUGGGUGGUCAGGAUCCGUCAUGUGCCUUGGACGGCCGACAGAUGAGUCGAGCCGGGCGGUUGUAUUCCAAAAUUUUCAAGCGCCCUGCACCACGCUCGUCAACCCUAAAUCCGGUACAUAUCGUCAAUCAAUUGUCAAAGGGGGCUUUUUGCUCCCUGAAUCUAUACGAUCUUCCAGAAUUGUCGCAAGCAAUGGCCAUCAUCGGGGGAGAGAUUCCGACACAUAUCUGCGCCGCAACAGAGAACCCGCAGGUUCAGACCGUCGGAAAGUUUUGGCCUUUAGAAAAGCGUCAAUUUGCUCUGGCUUACGCCAUUAACCAGGAAGACCGACAGAACCGGCGUUCUACCCUGCAAUCAUGGCCAAACUUUUAUUUCACGAUUGAGUUUGGCGAUGCACGACCAAAAUUUACAAGCCCCGAUAAGAUAUAA